AUGUUGUCCUCACCCAGCGGCUUCAGUGAGUGUCUGCAAGAAUGGGCAGAGCUGGACAAAGACUAUCAGCACCUGCAGGAGAUCCAUCGGCAGUACAAGCAGAAGCUGGAGGAGGUGUCCAAACUUCAGACAAGCUGCUCUUCGGGCAUCUCUCGACAGAGGAAGAAAAUCAAGGAGCUCGCAGUUUCUCUGGAGGAAUGCAAAAGGAACCCUCCUCCUGAACACCUCAGUCCAGAUGACGCCCUCACCAUCGCUGACAUCCAGGACUGCAUCAGUGAGAGGAGCUCCGCCUUCUUGGAAAUGGAAGCUUUCCUGCCCACCAAAAAUGGGUUAUACUUAAGUCUCGUUUUAGGGAAUGUCAACGUAACGCUCCUCAACAAACAGGCACAAUUUGCCUACAAAGACGAGUAUGAGAAGUUCAAGCUGAUCCUCACAGUCAUCCUGCUGUUCUUCUCCUUCACCUGCUGCUUUGUGUUUAGCUACAGAGCUCUGGACGCCAUGUUUAACUUCCUGCUGGUGUGGUAUUACUGCACACUGACCAUCAGGGAGAGCAUACUCAUAAACAACGGCUCCAGAAUCAAAGGCUGGUGGGUGUUCCAUCACUACGUCUCUACCGUCCUCUCUGGGGUCAUGCUGACGUGGCCUGAAGGAGUCCUCUACCAGAUGUUCCGAAAGCAGUUCCUCACAUAUUGCAUGUACCAAAGCUUUGUGCAGUUUCUCCAGUACUACUAUCAGAGCGGCUGCUUGUACAGACUGCGUGCACUGGGAGAAGGACACAACAUGGAUCUCACUGUGGAGGGGUUCCAGUCCUGGAUGUGGAGGGGGCUCUCCUUUCUGCUGCCAUUCUUAUUCUUUGGUCACUUUUGGCAGUUUUAUAACAGCAUAACGCUCUUCAAGAUGUCUCAGUUGCCUAAUUGUAAAGAAUGGCAGGUAGCGAUGUGUGGCUGCUCGUACAUGGUCCUCUUCCUGGGAAACUUCCUCACCACACUGGGAGUUGUUUACCAAAAAUACAUGAACAACCAGGACAAGUCUAAAAGCUUAUAA